AUGGAAUGGUUGAAACACUCCAAGAGAACACCAGCCAGAUGCGACAUUUGUAAUACUGAAUAUCAGUUCCAGACCAUCUAUGACCCAUCAAUGCCUUCCCGGAUCCCCGUGUCGCUCGUGCGAGCCAAGAUCAUGUCGUUGAUCAAGAAUGUCGCAUUGAAGGUGACCAGUAUCGUACUUGCAGUCACAUGUAUACUUGUGGAGGUUCCGUUGUUCUGGACCUUUACGGUACGGCUAUUGACGUGGCUUAUUGACGGCAAACUUCCAGACGCCAACGGGACGUUUUGGGAAGCCCUCAAGUUCGGCGAGAACAAUGUGGAUAUCACAUUGGUGGACACUAUGAGUGGAUCCUCAAGGCUCAGGAAAUUCUACUAUGAAGCGGCCAUAGUGAUGUAUUUGGGCUAUUUCCGAGGACUAGGGCAGAUCUUAUGUUGUACGCUUCUAGUGUUGGUGUUUUACCUACAGCACCAAUGGGUUAUUCGAGACGAUGGGUUUGUGAUGAUGCUACUCCGGAAAGUCGGGAAAGAACCCCGGUCCAAAUUGGUGGAUAUGAUCCAGCAGGCCAUCAGUGGCUUACGUAACGAUGCUCCCAAUAAUGGCGAUGCCAGAGAGAACUUGCAACGUAUAGAAAGUUUGGUCAGGGUCCUUAAUGACUUGCAAGCCCAACAAGGUGCUAAUGUCACCCGGGAUCGUCAGGAGGCAUUAAGGAGAGCAAUAGAGAAUGGGAUCCCCGAUACCUUUGGUCAGGCAGAGCCUGAUGAUAAUGAGACCAAUGCGUUCUUCUUGCGCCGAGAUCCUAUCACAGAGGAUAAUGACGAGUAUGACGGAGAUAACGAUGAGUAUGAUAAUGAUGAUGACAUUGAUGUUGUACUGGGUGUACAAGAUUUACAUGAAGAUAACGGUAGUGAGGCACAGGACGAAAUUCGUGCUAAUAACGACAUUCAUGCUAAUGACAAUGGAUUUGCUCCCCCAGAACCCAAUCAUAUGGUUGGACAUGACCCUAUAAAUGAGUUCGACGUGGGCGAAGGUCAAAAUAAUAAUGGUGAUGAUCCAGGAGCUGAAGAUAUUGGUUUAGAUAUCUUUGAAUUCUUAGGUAUGGGCUUCAAUGUAAAGACUCCAAUUCUAGUCAUGGUAUCGCUCAACUUAAUAUUUGCAGUGAUACUAUCUGGAGUGUAUUUGAUACCACAUAUAUUGGGAAACUUGGUACUAAGUUUGGCCAGACUUUGGACGGUUUAUUUGGAUCCUGAACGUUUAACCAUAAUCCCCAGGUUUUAUACUGAUGAUGGCUAUGUAAUUCAAACUGGGUACACCGUGGUUGAUUUAACGACAUUCUUUGUUCAUGAAAUCUUCUACAAAAACUUGUUGGUACCAUAUCUGGACUUAUUUGUGCACAAAUACCCUACCAAGCUCAGUUGGUUACAACGAGGGUUUGUUUUAUCCAUUGGAUAUGUUUCCAUUGGACUAAUCAUUCAAAUGUUCAUGAAAAGUUUAGUGGGUGGACCAAAACCUAUAAUGGGGACCCCCAGAACCAUUUAUAGGGUAUUAUUUGAAUUCGUUGCAACUUUGAAAGUCCUUUGUGUGUUUUCUAUUGAAUUCUUCUUUUCUCCAGCUUAUUGUGGUUGGUUAUUGGAUUUCUGUUUCACUCCAUUAUUCGAAAGUAACAUUGUUGAUGUCAAACAAGUUGACUCUGUUAAAGUUGUCAAAUACAAUUUGUUUUCAACAUUUCAACAUGUUAAUCCAUGGACUAUGCUUCAUCUGUUUGUUUCAUCACAGGACAAUUCAAACGUUAGUUGGGUUUCUGCAAUUGAAACAUCCAAAUCUUUCUCUCCAUUCUGGAGAAUGUUUCUGUAUUGGUUUUUCGGAACCGUAUACGCUGUGAUUCUUGCUGUGUUUGUGGGUAUGACAAGAUCCCAAAUUUUACGUCCUGGAGUACUUUAUUUCAUCAGAUCACCAGAAGACCCGAACACCAGAUUAAUCCAUAGUGCCCUUGUGAAACCCUUGAAAACACAAAUGUUUCGGGUUCUUUAUAGAGGAAGGGUUUAUACCAUUUUUAUAUUGAUUGGUAUUGGAUCUGUGGUUUGGAAUAUACAACAGUGGAUCAUGCCGACUUAUUUCCCCAUGGAAUUGGGGACCUCAUCAUCUUCUAUUUUACUUCCAAUUUUGGCGAUGACCCUUUAUAAAGUUUGGUCCAGAAACAGAGUAUUACUUAAAGAGGCCCAUUUCCAAUAUUGGAAAUAUGCCUUUAAUGUUUCAUGUCAUAAGAUGAGACUUUCCCAUUUCAUUUUAGGUAAACCAAUCCCACAAGAAAGAGGAACCACGGUUUAUCGGAAUGUUUAUUACCAAUUUAUUGAACAACCACAACCGGAUUAUUCCAACCCAAUGAGUAUGAAUCAAGUUCAAUCAGCAUUUGCCGAAGAUCCUCAACUUAAAGCUGUGUUUGUUCCUAAUGGGAAUUAUAUGAGAGUUCCAGACAACGAUACAACUGCUAGAAAGUUCAUCAGAAAACAAUUUGUGGCAGUGACAAAGGAUGAUCGAAUCCUAUACCCUGAAGAACUCGAACAAAUCGAUGCUGAGGAACGAGCUAAAGAACUUCGUCGACAAGAAGAACCAGACUAUCUCACUACCGAUUCCGAUGGUGAUGGAGGGAUCUUGAGACCCAACCAUUACACCAUCGUGUACCAACCACCUAAUUUCAGGAAUAGAUGGAUGGGAUUGAUUGCGUUAUUAUGGGUUUUCGCCUUGGUGUUGAUCUUAAGUGUGUUGAUUGUUGGGUUCUUCCUUGGUAACAUUUGUUGCAAGAUACUUUGUGAGCUUUCGUACAAAGGACUCGGCAUAGCUGGUAAAUGUCUGUUGUCGAAUAAAGUUAAUAUUGUCUAUGCACUUUUUGGAAUCGUUUUGGAGAUGUAUUUGUUCAAAGAGUACGAUUCAUAUAGAAGAAGGACAGAUAUGAAUAAUGUUGGUGAUAAUGAGGUGAAUGUCGCAGAUGUUGCAGAUGCUGCAGAUGAACAGGAUAACGAUGUUGAAGCCGGUGCCGGAGCUGGAGCUGCCCUUGGAAUCUUGCGAUCGAUCGGAGUAAUCAUUUCUAGUGUUUGGUUACUUGCUAUAAGACUCUUCUGGUCUAUUUGGGUAUGGGUAUUUUGCUGGAACGUUCCAUUAAAAAUCAUCUUAAAGCGUCCAUUUGAUUAUUAUUUUGAUUUUGAAAACGAUGAAUUAUCUGUUCCUAUUAUUGCGAUGCUUUGGAUCUUCACCUUACUGUCGUUUGCUGCUGGAGUCUUCAAGUUGGCUCAUCGAGAAGACAACACAGAAUUCCAUUCUAAGUACUUUAGGUUAUGGAGGCACCAUUUCUUAAAUGCAAUCAUCGAUAUGGCCAUAGCAUUGAUUGUUCCAGUUUAUACUACUGGACUGUUCUGGACCAACAAUCCUCAAUUGCACACCGCAAGUAGAUCCAGGUUCUUUAUCUUACCUGUGAUAGUUGCGUUGCAAUUGAGUGUACGGUUGAUUUGGAUACUUCAACUGGUUUGGGAGAUGCUUUGUGAACGAGUUAAAAACGAAACCUAUGUUCAAGGAAGAGCCAUUCAAAAUAUGAACGAAGAAGAAUAA